CAUUAUUUGUAAGUUUGAACAUCGAGUCGGAUUUAUUCUGGUGAUGAUGCUCAUCAAAUGAAGCGCACUCGCAAGAUCGCCGUAAUUGGGAGUUCUGGAGGGGGCACUGCUACUUUGGGACACACGGAUGCCCGUGCUCUUCUGCAUUCAAUUGACGAGGAGCUACGACUUUUGGAUGCAACCAUAUGGCAUGCGUACUACGUGUCUUUGGAUAAUGGCAAAGGACUGGAUGGUGCAAAUGAAUGUGUUGACAACGCCACAGUGUAUACAGUCCAGAAUGAUAUUCAUGAAGAGGCUACAGACCAGGAAGAAACCCGGUUUCACUGUAGAGCGUUUUAUAGAGGAGUUUUAAAGGAUGUGAAUAAAUUUUGUCGGCUCGACAAUACAUUAUCCCAAUCAAUUCUCGCUGGGGAAAUAGAUGGGCUGAUUUGCAUUUCUUGCCAUGUCGGAAUCUUUUCCUCCGUACUCCUGGCGGCGGCUUCGAAGGAGAUACGUGUCACCGGCAGCGGUGGAACGUCGCUUUCUCAAGUGGCAAAUUUGUAUCACAUCAGGCUGAUUGGCAAUGCUGGAGGAUCAGUAGCAACCACAACCUUUACACGUGCGGUUUCGUAUACGUCUGCAUUUGCAGCGUAUUGGAAGCUAGCUUACGAACCAUGGAAACGAUGUCGGCAGUCUGGCUCUUCAUGUACGAGCGUUUUGAAUUCCUGUCUGCCAAUGUUUUGGGGUGUCUGCUUACUCAAGCAAUGUCUACUCUUUCUACAUGAGCGCUUCUUCGAAAACUCAAGCCAAUGCGGAUCUUUUAUCGAGGCCAGUAUACUGGUCUUGGAGCAGAUGGCUUUGCCCUUUUCUUGCUGUGUGACGAUGGCAACGUCUCAUGCUAGUGGUCCUGCUCCGGUUUCGUCUUUGAAUAUGGCAGCAUUGAUUGCUUCGACGAGCUGCUCUCGAUCGAUUCUGUCGGGAUUGUUGGCUGGUCGCUUAGUAUCAUUUGCUACAGAACGACUUCUAUAUACGUUAAUCUUUUGGAAUAUUCCCGCGACGAUGGCCAAUCUUCUGAUUUCUGGUGGGGUUGGCGCACUGAUUGCCUUACUUAUGCUCCCAGUGUCGCCUGUACUGGGAAUAAUUACGGCAUCGAUUCGGUGGACACUUGCUGUCAGUGUCGGUUUUCCAAAUUUGCAGGUGAGAAUAGGCGCUGGAUGUGCUUUAGGGUGCUUCUGCUGCUACGGAUCUAAAGUGGGCUGGUAUCAUUCCGUUAUUCUUCCUUUGAUUCUAAUCGAAAUGGAACUCGGCGACGCAAGCGUUCUGGGAGCUGUGGAUGAGCUAACGCUUGUUUUAGUGAGCGCUGGAAUAUGUGCAGCCAAUGUAUUGUAUUCUACGCUACAUUCACGACAAGAUCAUUUGUCUACUGCCGACAUCGAUCUUUGUCGCCGCGGAUUUUUUCUUAACAUUGCCUGCGGUGACUUUGUCGAAGCCUGCUAUCCCUUAAUGGAAAAUCGUCUUGCGGUGAACGUUUCAGGUUACCUUGCAAGCGGGUUGUCCACGGCAUGGCUUGUGGCCUCUUCAUCACAGACCCCAAAAAGUCUAGCUUAUUUACCAUUGCCAAUUGCUAUUGGCGUUUCGGAAACGAACUGGGUGCAAAUGGCCGUUGCAGCUUGUAUCGCUUUUGGAAUAUCAUUCUUUGGCACACUUAUCGAUAACUGGUCAUGGCACUCUCACAAAAGAGACUAG